AUGAGCUUCGUCAAUCGCAAGAACAACGUGACCGAGCUGCAGCGCGUGUACCAGACGGCGUACGCGCAGCACAACCGAAUCUGGAAGAUCAACCCCAGAAGCCGAUGGUACAUGACCCCUUAUCUCGUCCUCCUAUGGGGCACUGUCGGAGCGACCAUGUACGCUAUGGGCCGAAAGGUUGCCGGAUACAACACCUGGUUCAGCAACAAAUAA